UCUCGUUCUCUCUCUCCUCUCUCCAGGCUUCACGCCGUCAAUACGUCUUCCUCUUCCUUCACAUCCACUCGUCUCAACCCUAUUCAUCCCUCUCGCGCACUCCCUGCCAUCGAACUCGCCCUCUCGUUCUUUACGCGAUAAGCUCAAAUGACGUCCGCCAUCGUUGUUGCAUCUGUUCGCUUCACUCUCUAGUUGUGACGGCCGCGCCUUCUCACAAAGAGCAUUGCCAACCCUAUCCUGUCGCACUAGGUCGUAAUACCUUUAAUCGCUUCACAUUGUCAUCAUGGACAUCAAUUCUCUGCUCUCGCCGCAGGACUCUCCGGCUGCGGAGACUCCUCCGCCUCCAUCGCUCGCCUCGCCCACGAUGCAAUCCCCCUCCAAGAUACGGCCAGGCAUGCGUCAAAUGCCUUCGCGCACUCCCUCAGGCCUUCGAGAGCAGAUUACAUCGUCGCCGCAGCUCUACCACAACGAUCGCAUCCCGACACCGACUCACGCGCAACCCGCCUAUCACCAGCAUCAACAUCAGUCCCAGCACCAGCCUCAGCCUGGGCCAGCUCUACACUCACCUUCAAUAGCAGCUUACACCAAUGGUCGCGCUUCCCACAGCGCAACUAGUACUCCGCCUCUUGAUGCGCGACCGCAGCUGAACUCGCCGCACGUUAUGACUCCACCGCCCUCACAUACCCUACACAGACAAGCAUCAACUCCAGGCAUGGACGCUUUGGCAGAUCUCGCGUCGAUGCAGCACAUACAGCAAACAGCUAGGCAGCAGGGUGUUGCCCAGCGACCUUCCAUCAGUCUCCAAAACAUCCCGCGCAGCAUAUCUGGAACCUCGGCGACAGACGUUACCAUGGUAGACUCGCCAAAAGUAGCUCGCAGCCUUUACACCAAAUUCCUUGACGCACAGAACGUAGAGAUGCUCGGUCAUUUAGAGAAGGCUCUGACUGAGAACCCCUUUGACUACUACAGCCAUGUGUCUUUCAUCACCAUCCUCCACCAGGGGCUUCAAAACACCAUUAACGAGAGCAGUGGCUCGUCUGCCGAUCCUUCGUCCUACGAAUUGCUCCACGUCCUUCGCGAGGCAUACAAGACAAUGGAUAGCAAGUACACUCAGGGAGAACAGCUGUGGGAAUACCGGAUUAACGACGAGAAAAUUCUUGCACGAACCAUCGAGGACCGUAUGGCUGUUCUGGAGCUUUGUCAACGCGCCACGCAGGAAGAGCCGCACAGUCCGAAGUUGUGGAUCAUGUACGGCGAUUACAUUAGUCACUUACUGGUCUGCAUCUGGGAGCCUAACCCACCGGAGGCAUGGUCAGAAGAAGAUAGACUUGUGGGGAAAGAGAUAUUUACUGCUGAUCUAUUGAUGAGCACGUUGCAGAGCGGGGCUGAACAUGUCAAAUUAAACAUCGCGGAUAGCAAUUUGGUCUGGGACCGGUACCUGCAACUACUGCAAGAUGACCUGGAGCGUCAUUUCAGUCCGGACAAGGCCAGGAGGGUAUCGGCGAUCUUCAAUGAACGACUCAGUCAACCGCAUGCGACUUGGGACAACACCCUCUCCUUAUUUUCCACCUUCAACUCAAAAUACAACCAGAGCAACUAUGAGGCAAUCAUGGAGCGCGCCGUUCAGCACAAUUCUCACAUCAAGAAAACGUACGAUCAUCGCGCCGAAUUCGAAUUCCAGCUGCUCCAGGCCAUCCAAAGCAAGGACCAAACAGCCGAACAUUGGGCGAUGACGCGAUACCUAAAGUGGGAGAAGAAAACAAUGGGUGUUUCCAGCUUUCCAUUGGUGAACGCCCUGUACGAGCGCGCAACCUUGCGAUUCCCUGUGGAUCCAUCUUUGUGGGAAGAUUAUGUGGAGUUUCUUAUCUGGCAAAACAACCGAACUGUCUCUCUCUUGGAUGUUCUGCAGCGUGCUACUCGGCAUUGCCCCUGGUCUGGAUCCCUGUGGUCUCAUAGAAUACUGACGUUAGAGGCGGAGAACAAGGAUUUCAAUGAGAUCGAGAGCAUCAAACACAGUGCCACCGAGACUGGUAUGCUUGAGCAUACUGAUUUGGAAGAGCUUAUCAAGGUGCAGAUGUCUUGGUGUGGAUACCUCCGCCGUAAAGCUUUCGACAGUCCGAACGCAUCUGAGGAUGACGCGGACAUUGCAGAGGUCGGAAUUCGAUCCGCCCUCGAACUUGUACAAGAGAUGGGCAUCAAAAGAUACGGAAAAGAUUGGACCGGUGACCCACAAUAUCGCCUCGAACGCCUUCAUAUCAAAUUCUGGACGCAGCGCGGAAGUGUCGACGAGGCCAGGCAGGUGUUCGAUACGAUCGCAAAACAACGUUUCGACUCGUAUGAGUUUUGGUACAGGUGGUACAUUUGGGAGAUGGUUGUAUGGUCCAACCAUGCAACUCGAGGCAAAGACCAUGCUGGACAGCAACUACAAACGCCUUCUUUAGCUACAGCCGUCCUGGAGCAAGGCAUCAAACGUCUCAGCACCAUCGAUCAACCCGAGCCACUUCUCGAGAUGUAUUUGAAUCAUUGCGAGCAACACGAGUCUGUUCUGAACGUUCGACGCGCCAUGGUCGAAGGCCGGCGGUCGCGGCGUACAAUCUCGAUCCGACGAGAGAAGGAAAGAGCUGCUGCGGAAGAGGCACAGCAGCAAAACCUUUCUGCAGAUAGCAAUGGAAAGAGGAAACGCGAAGAGGCGGCCGAGGCCGAUGCUGUAUCAAUCAAGAAGAGCAAGCAAAGCGACUCUGAAGAAGCUCUCACUGUUGCACCAUCGGUGGAGACGGCAGCCCAGGUCAUUGGCGAGGCAUCAUCAGCACAGCCUACGGUCCAGAAACGCGACCGUGAACACUCUUCCAUCAUCGUUCGGAAGCUACCGAAGAGUGCGACGCAAGCGAGUAUUCGAAAAUUCUUCAGAGACGCGGGCAACGUUCGAGACAUUCAUAUCAAAGAAGAGAGUGAUAGCAUAACGGCAACUGUGGAAUUCGAGACACCAGAAGAAGCGGAAUACUCUCUCUCUAAGGAGGCUAAAGGUUACGAGGGAACAGAAAUAUCCAUCACACGAGGUGAGAACUCGACAUUAUAUGUCGCAAACUAUCCUUCUCAAGCCGACGAGGCGUUCAUGCGAAAGCUGUUUGAGCCAUUCGGCACAAUUAUCGAUCUGAGGUUCCCCUCGCUACGCUACAAUACCAACCGUCGCUUCUGUUACAUACAGUUUAUCAAUGCUAGACAGGCACAAGCGGCUACUUCCUUACAUGAUAAAGAAAUCGAAGGACUACCCCUAGUAGCACAAAUCUCUGACCCCAACGCAAAGAAAAAACGCGACAACCCCACUCAAGAAGGUCGCGAAAUUUUCGUGCGAGGUAUAAAUUACAAGACUAAGCAGUCGGAGAUUCGAGAAGCGCUCAACAAGUUCGGAAAGGUCGAGAAAUUGAACAUGCCAAUUGUCAAACAGGGUGCCAACAAAGGACAGAACAAGGGAUCCUGCUGGGUCGUAUUUGACAAAAAAGAGGCCGCAGAUGCAGCCGUUGCAGAGAUGCAUGGCAAGCAUAUGUGGGACAUGGAUUUGCAGGUUGAAAUCGCUAAGACUAAGGAAGAGCUCAAAGCUCCCCCGAAAAUCCGAUCUCAGCUCGUCAACGAUACGGCAAGCCCCGAACCCCGUGCGGGAACCCCUGGGAAGGCAGACGAAAACUCUACCAUUGCGCCUGUAGCAGAACGAACCAUCGCCCUUCUCGGUAUCCCUGACACCGUCAACGAUGUUCGCAUCAAAACACUUGUCGACCCUUAUGGUGUCAAACGAGUGACUUACAUGCCCAAACAUCAAGGUGCGAUCAUCGAGUUCGAAGAGGUUGCAAGUGUCGGCAAAGCUAGCCUCGUGCUCGAAGGUCACGAGAUCAUUCCUGGUAAACCGAUCAAGAUUGGCACCCCGGCAGAGCUGAAGCAAAUGAAAGCGGAGUACAAGCCCAGCACAAGCCUUGCCCAACCUAAGCCAAAGGGCGAAGCUUCCAGCAACAAGUUCAUGCAGCCAUCACGCGUGAGUCGACCUGUUGCCCGAGGAGGAACUUUUCGUGGCCGGGGACGACCUGGCUUGGGUCAUGCAUCUGCACGUCCCAGAGCUGAGGCGGCUGGCGAGGCAAAAAGCAACGAGGAUUUUCGGAGCAUGCUAUUAGGAGGCAAGAAAGACAACACCAAAGACACCGAGAUGAAGGACGGUGCAUGAGAAAGUACACACCAUCGCGUAGAAGCGACAAUGCAUAGCAAACGGAGUACGCAAAGAAACUAAUGGAGGGAGGCAUAUGCAUCUUUCCGGUCG